ACUUAGUGUGAUUUACAAAAUGGUUCAAAAACACAUAAGUUGGUUAUUUUUAUUGAUUUUAUGGUACAAAGCGAGUGUUGAGUGAAUUUUAACAAAGUAAAUAUAUUGUGCAAUAUUACGACACCAAAAUGAAACCUCGGCCGUGCGGAUGUAAGGGUUGCAGGACCUGUCUUGUUUGCGAAACUUAUUACGGUGCUAAUGCCAUAAAAGAUACUAAACCUCUUGAUAAAGAAAAAGGUUAUGUUUACUGCCCGCUAUGUAACAAAGCCUGGAGCGGUUGGGACAUCGAUUUGUAUAAACAGCAUCCGAACCAUGAAGGUACAUCCAUAGAUUACCCUGGUGUGUAUAUACAGCUCGACUUUAUAUCUGUAGACGAAGAAAAAGAACUAAUAGCGAACAUAGACGAAGUCCCGUGGGAUAUAUCGCAGAGCGGACGUCGUAAACAAAACUACGGUCCCAAAACUAAUUUUAAAAAGCAGAAAAUUCUACCAGGUAAAUUUGAAGGCUUCCCUCACUUUUCGAAGUUUUUACAAGAUAGAUUUCACAGCGUUAACUUGUUGGAAGGUUACGAAGUUAUAGAACAGUGUUCUUUGGAGUAUGAUCCAAGUAAAGGUGCUUCUAUAGACCCACAUAUAGAUGACUGUUGGGUGUGGGGUGAGAGAAUUAUUACAUUAAACUGUUUAGCGGACUCUGCCCUCACAAUGACUCCAUUUAAAGGAGAUAAGAAGAAAUAUAACCUUUGUUGUGCUGAAGAAUAUCCACCCUUGGUUGAGGCUGAUGGCAGUAUUAAUAUUGUAUGUGAAGAGAAAGAGAAAAGUAUGCUAGAAUUCUGCAAACCUACCAAAGAUAUGGAUGUUAUUAUAAGGAUACCACUAAUAAGAAGAUCCCUUACAGUUAUAUAUGGAGAAUGCAGAUACCACUGGGAGCAUUGUGUCCUACGGGAGGACAUAGCUUCUAGGAGAGUAUGCAUAGCAUAUAGGGAGUUCACACCUCCUUUUAUGAGUAACGGCAUACAUGCAGCAGUGGGACAUGAAAUAAGAGAUAAGGGAAAGCAGUUUUGGGACCAUCGUCAGAGAUUUAAGGAUUCUUGUGUCAUUCAAGACAUAGUAGCUUAAUAAUCCAGACCAUAGAAAGGAAGGUUGUUGUCUUAUUUGUAAAAAUAUCUAGAAAUGUUACCAAAUGGCACAACUUAUGGCAUGCAAACUAUACAAUUUUUAGAGAUCAAUGAAAUAUUGUAUUUCACUGUUCUGGUUCAUCAAAUAUAUUUAUUUGAGUCCAGCCCCUCGAAUUCGUCUUCCGGAGAUAUCUCACCCGAUUACUGAUAUGAUUAUGAUGAUAUGAUAUAUAGAGUAUCUACUCUCUAGUUAUCUUCAGACUACAUGGAAUCAAAGUUAAAAAUUUGUUGCAAAAAACUCUGCAUCUUUGAUUAGGCCAAGCAGUACUUCAAGUCAGAACAAAGUCUUAUCUUAAAACAAACUCUAGUCUACUCUGCUGCGAACUUCAGCCAUUGGGAUGGUUUUGACUAGUAGUUACCAGCUUGAUGUUGAAUUAGGUUGUUCGUCACCUUUCAUAUCCAAUUCAUACCAGUUGUAAUCUUGUAUUGAUGCCUAAUUGUAAUAUAACAUUUCGUGAAAUGAAAAUCGUAUUAUAUUUAUUAGUCUUUUACUUUUUUUUUAAAUAUGUUUAAAAAAAAAAAAAAAAAUAACUUAUGAAAAGAUAAUA